GCCCGCCCUCCGCAGGCGCCAACAGCGGCAUCGGGAAGAUGACGGCGCUGGAGCUGGCGCGCCGAGGAGCGCGCGUGGUGCUGGCCUGCCGGAGCCGGGAGCGCGGUGAGGCUGCCGCCUUCGACCUCCGCCAGGAGAGUGGGAACAAUGAAGUCAUCUUCAUGGCCUUGGACUUGGCCAAUCUGGCCUCCGUGCGGGCCUUUGCUACUGCCUUCCUGAGCUCUGAGCCACGGCUGGACAUCCUGAUCCACAAUGCCGGGAUCAGUUCCUGUGGCCGGACCCGGGAGCCCUUUAACCUGCUGCUGCGAGUGAACCACAUCGGCCCCUUCCUGCUGACACAUCUGCUGCUGCCCCGGCUGAAGACAUGCGCCCCUAGCCGUGUGGUGGUGGUAUCCUCAGCCGCCCACCGGCGAGGGCGCCUCGACUUCACACGCUUGGACCGCCCAGUGGUGGGCUGGCGGCAGGAGCUCAGGGCAUAUGCUGACAGUAAGCUGGCCAAUGUAUUGUUUGCCAGGGAGCUCGCCAAUCAGCUUGAGGGCACUGGCGUCACCUGCUACGCAGCCCACCCAGGGCCGGUGAACUCAGAGCUGUUCCUGCGCCAUGUUCCUGGAUGGCUGCACCCACUUUUGCGCCCACUGGCUUGGCUGGUGCUCCGGACACCAGGAGGGGGUGCCCAGACGCCCCUGUACUGCGCUCUACAGGAGGGCAUUGAGCCCCUCAGUGGAAGAUACUUUGCCAACUGCCAUGUGGAGGAGGUGCCUCCACCUGCCAGAGAUGACCGUGCAGCUCACCGGCUGUGGGAGGCCAGCAAAAGGCUGGCAGGGCUUGGACUGGGGGAGGAUGCUGAAUCUGAUGAAGACCCAGGGACCCCAUCUUCUCUGAGGAGUCCCCACCCUGAGAAGCCCACAGUUUCUGAACCCUACCCCAGCCCUCAGAGCUCACCAGACUUGUCUAAGGUCACACACCGAGUUUGGGUUAAAGCUGAACCUGAGCUACAAGCCUCCUAACCCCCCGGGGCUGGGAUGCUUGCUAUGGGACUUGGUGGCCCUUGAAAACCUUAGCAGUGUGCCAGUCCUUGGGCUGGCCAUUGAGGAGUUUGCAAUUUUUACCUCCAUGGUUACUUUCUGGGGCUUCAAGGUAUGACCUGGACAGCUCUUUUUCUAGUGGAAAGGAGGAAAUAAUGGGCGGUUAUUUCUUUCUGAGGAUCACAGUAAGCCAAGUUUGAGAGGCUGGGUGUGUGUGUGUGUACGCAUGCGUGUAAUAUGCCAGACACUGCUCAGGAAUUUGAAUUUAUUUCCAGGCCCCACCCUCAGUGAUGCUGAUCAGCCCUGGAUAAGGGCCCGGGAAUUUGUAAUUUGAUGUACUACCAAUACUGAGAAUUACCGAACUGAACCCUUUGUAACCGUGUAGCCAGAUAGUUCAGUUAUCCCCGUUUUUCAGAAACAGAGUUAGGCAGCAGAGGUAAGGGACUCGCCCAAGGUCUCACAGCUAGUGAGAGUAGGGACUAACGUCUGAACCCAGGCAGCCUGGCUCCAGGGCCGGCUGCUGUAAGGUGGCUGCUGAGGGUUGAGGCAGGGCAGGGCUGUUGUUAUCCAGGCUCCCCGUGGGAGUAGAGGGACGCCUUCCCGGUGCUUUAGGGCUGGGCCCCCGCGACCCCGACCCGCGUGGUAAUAAAGCGCGUAGACUACCGAUGCUCCA